AAAAGUUUUGAAAAGUUUCCACCACUUUAAAUUCAUCCACUGAUUGGUGAUUCCCCCACACCUUUCUUUUCCCUCCAAUCAAUUGCGCCUUCCCACUCUCUCCCCACGCCCAGAAUCCUCCAACCCCUCUCUGCUUUCCUUCCUCUGUUCUUGCUUUCGCCGGCAAAAUCUCACCUUCCAUUCACCGCCAUAGCUGGCCAGCUCUAAAGGGUACCGAGAUUUCACGCAUGAAAUCGGGUUUCCGCCGGCGUUUUGGCCUGACCCAGUUACUUUGAGCUCCGGAUCUUCGCAGCAAUGGUUGCAGAGCCUUGGAUUUUGAAGAUGGGUAACCAGGUAAGCUCCAAUCUCAAGCACGCUCUUCCUUUUCAACCUUCGAAGAAAUCAUCAGUCUCCAAAUCUCAACCCGCCGCUGGCGCCAAAACCCGGAAGCAGACCGUUGGCAUUCUCUCCUUCGAGGUCGCCAAUGUCAUGUCCAAGACCGUCCAUCUCCACAAGUCCCUCACGGACUCCGAGAUCUCGAAGCUCAAAAACGAGAUCUUGAAGUCCGAGGGAGUGCUCAACCUGGUCUCCGCUGACGGGGCCUAUCUUCUCGAGCUCGCCAUGGCGGAGAAGCUGGAGGAGCUGAACCGGGUCGCCGCCGUCGUGGGGAGGCUCGGGAAGCGGUGCGUCGAGCCGGCUCUGCAGGGGUUCGAGCAUGUCUAUGCUGACCUCGUUAAUGGGGUCAUUGAUGUGAAGGAGUUGGGGUUUUUGGUAAAAGACAUGGAGGGUAUGGUGAGAAAAAUGGAGAGGUAUGUGAAUGCUACUUCCAAUUUGUACAGCGAAAUGGAGGUUUUGAAUGAGUUGGAGCAGGCCACCAAGAAAUUUCAGCACAAUCAGCACGAGGAGAGCAAAAGGGCUUUUGAGCAGAAGCUCGUUUGGCAAAAGCAGGAUGUCAGGCAUCUCAAGGAUGUCUCUCUUUGGAACCAAACGUAUGAUAAAGUUGUGGAAUUGCUCGCCAGGACGGUCUGUACUAUUUUCGCCACAAUUCAGGCUGUUUUCGGAGACUCUGUUUUGAGCAAGGACCGUGUUGGGUUGAUUGGUGGAGCUUCACCGCCUACGGUGUCCGGUCAGAUUGAUGUGAGGAGGGUUUCUCAGGUGGCUUCUGAGCCGUUAAAGAGGGUUGCUAGUAGGAAAGAAGGGUUGCAUUCGGGUCCGGUUGAGAAGGCUGUGGUGCUGAAAAAGGGGUCAUCUUUUAAGCCUCAGUUUGAUUCGAGGAGAGGUGAAUUUGGGGCGUUUCGAGCGGAGGAUUUGAACCCUCCGUGCGGAGCAAGCCCCGGGAGGAUUUUCAUGGACUGCCUUAGAAUGAGCGGUACAGUUGAUGAUGAUGAUUAUGGUGGUGCUGGUAAUUAUGAUGACAGGAGUAGCCAAAUUUCGGGUUGCAGUGUUGCAAAUGGCGGUUUAAGGAGAGAGUAUCCGAACCAUUCGGGUUGUUUUAAUCGAGCACAAACGGGUGUUCACCUUCAAUCCAAGUGUGGCGGAACGAAUGGUGGUGCACGGUUUGGUCCCAAGAGUAAGUUAAUGGUUUAUGCCCCUCCUUCUACUGUGGGAGGCUCUGCUCUAGCUUUACAUUACGCAAAUGUUAUAAUUGUUAUAGAGAAGUUGCUUCGAUAUCCUUAUCUAGUCGGCGAGGAAGCGAGGGACGAUUUGUAUCAUAUGUUACCAACGAGUGUAAGGAUGGGUCUGAGGACUAAUCUCAAGUCCUAUGCCAAGAAUAUGGCCAUAUAUGAUGCGCCUCUUGCGCAUGAUUGGAAGGAGACUCUUGACGGGAUUUUGAGGUGGCUCGCCCCAUUGGCGCACAACAUGAUGAGAUGGCAGAGCGAGCGUAAUUUUGAGCAAACGCAGAUUGUUACGCGCACAAAUGUUCUUCUGCUACAGACAUUGUAUUUUGCUGAUCGAGACAAGACAGAGGCAGCUAUUUGUAAGCUGCUUGUUGGGUUGAAUUAUAUAUGCCGCUACGAGCAUCAGCAAAAUGCAUUACUGGAUUGUGCAAGUAGUUUUGAUUUUGAAGACUGCAUGGAGUGGCAAAUGCAAUGCGGGGCUUCAUUUGUUGAUUGAUUGACUCCGUCAUUGGAUUUGAAAUCGCCAAGGCGGUGGCUGUGAUAAGGAGUUGUUCUUAAUUCCAAUCACUUGGAUAAACAUGUAGAUGAUAGUUCAACAGGAUGUGAAUAUAUCAACGUUUCGCAAUUCACACUGAAUACUUUGUCCGCUCAAGAUUUGAUUGUUGUAGUUUGUUGCAAGAUUAUGUGCUAUGUGCCGAAAAAUGAAAGAGAACAAAUAGAGUUUUCGAUGCACGAGUGCAGUUUCCUAUGAAUCCAAAUGUUGCAUUUGCAGUCUGCAGACCUCUGUGAGUAUGUAUGCCAGGAUGUUUUCACCACCCCCAGCCAAUUCGUCUGUGUUGUUCUUUUUCUUUUAUUUUUUACGACAUUACUUUCAUAGAAUGUAUAUCGGAAUUACUCUGAUUCUUAAAUUCCCCGCUUCUAGUAAACCACGGGUAUUGAAAUUCUUCCAGUUACUAACUUCCUCA